GGCGUCGCGGCCUGGCCGGGGCGGCCCGCGGCGCUGAGCGGAGGAGGACGGCGAUGGCGGCGACGACGACGACGACGACCCGGGCGGCUCCGGACUCUCUCUCCGGGCGCUUCAAGGGGUCCUUUGCGUAUUUUACAAUGAAGGAUCGAACACCUCAAAUCCUAACUAGAGUUAUCGACACUUUGCAUCGUCACAAAAAUGAAUUCUUUGAGGAACACGGAGAGAAAGGUAUCGAAGCGGAGAAGAAGGCUAUAUCCUUCCUUUCUAAAUUACGGAACGAAUUGAUAACAGAUAAACCAGUGAUCCCCUUGAUGGAUAAUCUUGCUGAUGCCGAUAUAUGGAACAGGUAUUUAGAGUAUCAGAAGAGUCUUCUGGAAGAAAAUAGUGGGCAGCCAAGCUGGUUUCAGUCCCCUUGGCUAUAUGUGGAGUGCUACCUGUACCGCAGAAUCCACGAAGCGCUUAUUCAGAGCCCACCUAUCUGUGACUUUGAUGUAUUCAAGGAAGGAAAGGUUCAAAGUUUUUUUGAAUCCCAACAAGCUAUUAUUGCCUUGUGUACUCACCUGCAGGAAGUAAGCAAAAUUAUUGAGGACCUAGAUGAAGAACAACUGAAAGAAGAGUUUUUUAAACUGCUUCAGGUGUCAUUAUGGGGAAAUAAAUGCGAUCUUUCCAUUUCCAGUGGUGAAAGCAACUCUCAGAAAUGCAGCCCCCUCAGCUCUUUGCGAGAUCUGAAUUCUUUCAUUUUAGUGAAUGACAUGGAAUGUGUUUGGUCAUUGCUUUUAAACAGCAAGAAGACAAGGUUGGAAAAAGUUACAUCGACUAGGGUGGACAUUGUCUUGGAUAAUGCUGGAUUUGAACUUGUUUCAGAUUUUGUACUGGCUGACUUUCUGUUGUCAUCCAAACUGGCCACUGAAAUCCAUUUCCAUGGAAAAAGCAUUCCUUGGUUUGUUUCGGACACCACCAAACAUGACUUUAAUUGGUCCAUCAAACAACUUCAGGGAGCCAAUCACAGGUGGAUGUCCCGCUGUGGCAUCAAUUGGGAGGGCUACAUGAAAAAGGGCACUUGGGUUUACCACGAUCAUAUGUUUUGGACUCUGCCACACGAGUACUGUAAUAUGUCUCAGGUUGCUUCUGAAUUAUAUGCCGAGCUGCAGAAGUCAAAUUUAAUUAUCUUCAAGGGCGAUCUGAACUAUAGGAAAUUGACGGGGGACCGAAAAUGGGAGUUUACUGUGUCAUUUCACCAAGCUCUGAAUAAAUUUCAUCCGGCGCCCCUCUGUAGUAUAAGAACACUAAAAGCAGACGUCCAAGUGGGUUUGCAACCUGGGCAAGGUGAGCAGCUUAUGAUUUCCGACCCAGAGUGGAUGACCACUGGAAAAUAUGGAAUAAUUCAGUUCGAUGGUAUGCCGUGAUUUGUUUGAGAUGAGAUCUAAUUUGCACUUUUUGUUCCUCCAAGUAAUUUUGGGACUUAGUUGCCUGGCUUUUUGGUUUUUUUUAGAAUGGGGAGGAGGGAGGUCCACUCUUUCUUCAGGGAGUUUAGCUUUUCAGUAUAGUAACAACAGUGCCUUUUUUUUUGGCUUUUUUUGUCAACUACCUGCCAGCAGAAAAAUCUACGGCUGCAAAUACCUUUGGGCGGAUUGCAUGUUCUUUGUUAGGAUUCUCUUCAUUGAUGUUUUAGCAGUUCGUAUUCCAAAAUUUCAGGAUAUGAAUAUACUUUCAGGUAAUGGAGGAAAAAGGUGAGAAAAGUCAUCUUUUUGGAGUUUUUCAUUCCAUUUGUGAUUUGAUUGCUAUUUUCAUGCAUUAGGCCGCAUGUCAGGAUGAAUGUUAAGUCAACCAAUUUAGGUUUUGAGUUUUUUUUUCAUUGUAUAACAGAAGUCUUAGAAUGGAUAUAAACUUCCUUUGAAUCGCACCAAAAGCAGAAGCACUUUUAAAAAUGGAAGUAUUUGAGCAUAUUUUCAUUUAAAUAUUGAAGCACAAGGAUGCAGAAAUUACUCCUUGGGAAUAAGUUAGUUUUUUAAGUUGGGCAUGAGCUCUUUCAGACCACUGUGAAACUGUUUAGCCACGCGUUGGGCCGUGUUUGCACCUCACAGACACCGUCACCAUCGAUACCGUCAUCGCUGGGAAUGAGCGCCUAAGGGGCACUGUACUAGUUGCUCGGUGUACUGUACGAGCUGUAGAAGUUAGGAAUAGAAAUCAUGGUCCUUCCCUCAAGGAAUUUCCUGUCCGGUGGAGGAGAUGGAUAGACGCGGAUGACUGACAGGAAAGGGAAGACACAGAAAGCCGGUAACGACAAAGGUCAAUGUAAGUUAGUAGUUCUGUCAAGAAGAAUAAACCUAGUGGUUAGUACAGUGCUCUGCUCACAGCAUUCAGUAAAUACCAUUGAUGGAUAAGUGAUUGUGGUGAUGGUGCUGAAUUUGUCUGUUGUUAUAAUUGUACUCUCCCAAGCGCUUAGUACAGUGCUCUGCACACAGUAAGCGCUCAAAUACGAUUGACUGACUGACAAGUGAUAUCGGUGACUAAAGGGGCGACCUCACGAGGGGAGUGGA